AAGACGAUGAGGUCAACACAAACAAAACAACGAAGAAGUUGGAAGCGCCUCUCUUGUGUAUCCGUUUAAGGACUAAAUGCCCAAGUUGUACCGCUUUUUUUUAGCAGAAUAAACCACAUCAAGACGGAGUACGUGGCGGAUAGUUACACCGAUAAAACAGCAACGAUGCGGCAUUGAUGUUUUGUGAGUGGGGCAAGCGGAAGUGUUUCAUAGCUUGGUAGCUAGUUAAAACACUUCCUUGUGUGAUUCAGUUUGUUGACGGAUCUUGUAAAUAUGAACUGUAUAUCUUUGUGGGUCUAUUUAGCUAAUAGCGAGCACAUGUGGCGUCACUGAAUCGACAAGCAAAUACGGGCGAGUUCCGUACAAGCUAACCUUCUAUUACCUAGCUUAGCAUUCGGCUAGGUGUGUUUUUUGAUAAGCUUUGGACGUCAGCUGGUUGUGGCGCUACCUUAUGACUUAACACAUCACUGACCACUGCCGCCAUGUCAGACUCCAUUUUUCGCGCUCUUGCGUCAACAUUUUAACAUUAGGUUUAGGGUCAGAGGUCACGAGAGGUUGUUGAGCGCCAAAGGGCACGGGGGCGCAUGACGUCAUUCUUGGCUGUUUACAGAGCGUUAGCACGCUAACGUUGCUAGCUCAGUGGGAGACGCCGGCGAUGCCUGCAGGUGAAAGAAUUAACUGGACAAACACCCAGGAAGGAUUUGAUGAGUCGCCAGUGAAGCAAGUUCGCAAGAAAAAGUUAAGAAAGAAAAACACUGAAAACAAGGAAAGCAUUGUGCUUCAAACUCUUCAAAAUGUCAGCCUUAAGGACGACGAGGUCGAUGACGACGCCGCGCAUCGCUCAGAACACAGCGGCAGCUCCCCGCCUCCGCAGCAUAACACAAACAUCAACAACAGCAGCAACCAAGAAGAAAUUCAGGAAAUUCAGGAAAUUCGGGAAAUUCGGCCAUCUAAAGCCAAGCAGAAGAGCAAGCGAGCCCUUCCCAGCCGCCCUUUACCCGACGAAGCCACCGGCUCGGAAGCGGACGACCUCCGAGACCGGAAUGAAGGCAAACGCACGAGUAAGAAGGGAACGCGUCACAGCGAGGUGGAGCACGGUGGUCACCACGACGACGACGAGCUGCUGCUCCAAUACCAGCAGCAGAUGGCGCCGGAGGACGAUGUAAAAGCAGAGGAUUCUGCAAACGACGAAACGGAGAAGAAGAAAAAGAAGAAGCUGAGAUCUGUGAAGUCGGAGGCCGGACAUCACAGCCAGGCUGCUGAUGUGGAACUUGACAGGAAGAAGAAAAAGAAGAAGAAAAAGUCAGGCUCAUGUUCAGCGGUGGAGGAAGACGGUACCGAGGAAGUGCCCGAGAAGCGUGUCCCAGAUGACGGCCUGGUGCUGGGGGUGUACGUGCACAGAACAGACAGCCUCAAGACGGACCUCCGCAUCUCUCAUCCCAUGGUCAAGGUCCACUUGGUGGAUGAGAUCACCGGCCAGUACGUGAAGAAGGAAGACAGCCACCGUUCAGUGUCGUCUUUUUACGAGCAAGACCGCGUGGACCACAUCCUGCCCAUCAUGACGCAGCCUUUUGACUUCAAGAAGAACAAAACGGUUAUUCCCGAGUGGCAGGAGCAGAUCAUUUUCAACGAGCCCUUUGGCCACUUUAUCCAGGAAGACUCCGACGGCCCCAAAGUCAUUCUCUUCUUUGAGAUCCUCGACUUUCUCAGCAUGGAGGAAGCCCGAGCCAACGUCGAUGUUGACGUGACCGAGCGGGGGUUUCGGAAGAUUGCGUGGGCCUUCCUCAAGUUAGUGGGAGCCAAUGGCGUGCUGAAUGCCGGCAGCAAACUUCGCCUCCAGCUCUACUGCCCGCCCACGUGGCUCCGGAGGCAGCCGGGCUCCAUCGAGGUGGUCGAGUGGUGGCGGCGUUACCCCCGAGUCAAAUACGCGUCCACUUUAUACGUGACGGUGAAAGGCAUCAAAAUACCCCAGCACGUGGACCCCAGCAUUCGCUCCAUGAUGGCGCUGCAAGAGGAACGAGGCAGCGCCACGUACAGCGAGCUGCAGGACGGCAUCAAGAGGACAUCCACGCCACGUUUAGACGACAAGCCGCCGGUGCUGAAGUGGAGCAGACUUCCCGGACAGGUGUGCCGGAUUCCCAACAAGUCUAUGCUGGCAUUCCGUGGCGGUCAUAUGGGAUGCUUGACCGUGCUCUUCUCUCACGCCGGUACUCUCCUCGCUGCCGCUUGUGCUGACAGGGAUACUUUCCCGGUCGUAGUGUUCGAGAUCCCGUCCGGGAAAGUCUUGGCUGCCUUCAGCGGCCAUUUAAAGAUCGUCUACGAACUCUGCUGGUCCUCAGACGAUGCCCGCCUUUUGUCCGCCUCCUCGGAUGGAACUGUCAGGGAGUGGAACGUGGAGAUGCUCCUGCCAACUGCACGCAAAGUUCUCCCACAUCCUUCGUUCGUGUACUCGGCGCAGUACCACCCGGCGGCCCACAAUCUGGCGGUUAGCGGCGGCUUCGACUGCGUGCUUCGUCUGUGGCGCCUCGACGUGGAUGACGUCAACGGCCAGCUCUUGCGAGAGUUCGAUGCUCACGGUGGUUUCAUCAACACCGUUUGUUUUGACACAGAAGGGCAGAGGAUGUUCUCAGCCGACAACACGGGAAGUAUCAUCGUGUGGAAUACGUCAGUAAGCGCUCGUCAGCCUUGGCGCCACUGGGCUGCGGAGAAGAGCCACGCAGAGGAGGACCUGAAGGGAGUACCCAUCAACAUGCUUCAGGUCCAUCCGAACGGGCGCUGCCUCCUCAUUCACUCCAAAGACAACAUCCUGAGAACAUUGGAUCUGAGAAUUUGGACAGUCAAAACGUACGUGGGAGCCACAAACCACCGAGAGAGGAUCUGCAGCACCUUCACGCCUUGCGGGAGCUUCAUCUUCUCCGGCAGCGAGGAUGGAAUGGCGUACGUUUGGAACACUGAAACUGGUGACCAGCUGGCCGUGUACUCCGAGCUUUGCUACAGCGCCGCUCUCUGCGGCGUAUCCUUCCACCCUCACGACAACAUGGUGGCCUUCUGCGCCUUCGGAGACGGCCAGCCCGUGCACGUUUACCUGCACGAGCGUAAAGUUUCCCAGCUGGACGUGCACAGCAUGAAGGAGCUCGGGUCUACGUCAGGCGACACCAGAACCACCAGGAACACGCCCGACCUGCUUCACAGCACGUCUGCUUCCUCUGCUGCCGACCACUUCAGCCAGGCCGCCAGGCUGGCGUUGAAACUGCAGCGAGUCAAGGAGCAAAUGGAUUCCGUCCUUGAGCCACAUCCCAGAUCAUCAAGUGGAUACGAGCCAGUGACAGGAAGGAGCUUGUUAUCGGACAUCAGCGCGAUAAGAUCCAGUGCGUUGCUGCCACCGCUGUCGGGUGGUUUGAGUCCGGUUGGUCAACAUCGGAAAGGAACGUCGUCCUUAAGGCUUCCGACGACUAUUCUUCCGAGCUACGACCCUCGAGUGGACGCUCCUCACCAAGUGGUGGUCUCGCUGUACGACUACAAAGCCAACCGCUCAGAUGAGCUGACGCUGCGGCGCGGCGAUGUCAUCCGCGUGCUCUACAAGGACAACGACAACUGGUGGUUCGGGAGCCUGGCCGACGGGCAGCGGGGGUAUUUCCUGGUGGCGUACGUGGAGGAUCACGGGGACUCUGCUGCCGAUGCGGGGGAUGCGGGGGAUGCGGGGCACACGGUGGCGUCUGAGGGCACAGCGGAGAGGGCCACGCCAACCAGGUUUUCCGCUGCAAUUACCCCUUCUGGGGACCUUCGCUUUCUCUCGGAGCCCACCCUUUCCGACACAGAGCCAGAGGCCACGGAAGUCAAACUUAAAAAGAAAAGGAAGGUGAAAAAGCUGCCGCCGCCGCCGCCGUCGUCUGACGCCACCUUUUCCAACGCGGAUGUGGCGGACACGGGCGGCAGGCGACUCCAACCAGUUCUUCGCCGCCCUCUCCCCAAAAGACCAAGCAGGCGAGGCGACGCCGCUCUGCAGCUUGAUGCAUGAUCGGGUACUUUCCGUCAGGUUUUUUAUCUAAAAGUGACAAUCCUUCCUUCCGGGGGGGGUUUGGUUUUCUAAUCAAAACAUCCAAAUGGAGGUUAUUUAUUUAUUCAUUAGGAACUCUUUAUUUUUCUACAGUGUACAUUGACAAUUCCCGUCACAGAGUUAGCUUUAGCAAAGUACAUUACUGAGUGGCACAGAUAUGCAGCAGACUGUUUGACAUGUACAUAUUUACAAUUUUUCAAUUUUUCGUAAUAAAUGCUGAAUAAUAGGGAGGCUC